AUGCCGCAUCACCGCUUCAUUCUAUUGGCAGCGGUCGGCGUGCUGGCGGCGUUGGCCGUCGUCGUCGUCGUCGACGCGCAAACGACGCCGCUGUUUCCCGUCGCGUGCGAGCUCAACGUGCUCAUCGUGCUCGACAGAUCGGAUUCGGUGAAGGGCGGCUUCAACAAGAGUCGAAAGUUCGUCACCGACGUCUCCGAAGAGCUUCAAAUCGGUCCCGAGAAGCAUCGCGUCGCGAUGAUCGUCUACUCGGGUCUCAGCUAUCGGCGCGAGGUUUUCCCGUGGAAUUUCGCCAAGACCAACGAGGAGUUUGUGAGGAAGACGAACGCGUUGCGCGCCAUCGGCGGCACCACCAACACCAAAAAGGCGCUGGAAGUGGCGUUGGAGUUGAUGGCGCAGAGGAACGUCUCGAUUCCGACGCUCGUCAUGGUUGUCACCGAUGGAAGAUCCGCCGAUGAUCCAAAGGAGCCGGGACAACGUCUUCAGGCGCAACCGAACACGUGGGUGUUCGCCGCCGCCACCGGCGAUCCGGAAAGUGUCGACACGCGAGAGCUGAUGGACAUUACUGGAAACAUCAAUCAUAUUGUGAUGCAUCGCGGCAGGGAUCUCGCCACCGACAUCACCCGACGAUUGCUGAGACAGGCGCAGGAUAAGUGUCGAACGACGACGACGACGACGACAACUACGACGACGACGACAACGACGAACCCGAUAACCGGGUGCGAGUUGGACCUUGUCCUCGUUCUCGACUUCUCCACCACCACCGAUCCCGUUUACGAGUCCUAUAAGGAAAUGAGUAAGCGGCUCGUGAAAGCAUUGCGAAUUGGACCUCAUCAUACGCAGGUGGCGGUUGUGACGUUCGCCACAGUUGGCCGAACUCGAGUCAGAUUCAAUCUUCAGAAGUAUCAGACGCAGGAUGAGGUUCUUCGCGCUAUCGAUAAGCUUAAAUCUCAAGGAGGGACCACAGCGAUUGGCGCCGGAAUUGAAAAAGCGUUGACUCAAACUGAUGAGUCGGAAGGCGCGCGGCCUGGAAUUGCGACAAGGGUGAUGGUGGUGUUCACCGAUGGCUGGAGUAACAAGGGUCCUGAUCCGGAGAAGAGAGCGCACGAGGCGGCAGCCGCAGGCUUCGAAAUGUACACAGUGGCAUACACGGCAGCUCAUCCGAACGCGGUUACGCUUAAUAAUGAAACAUUGUCGGCGAUCACGAACGACAGCGGGAACGUGUUCACCGAUUCCACUUUUGAUGUGUUGAUCAAUAAGAUCAAGCAGCGAAACGUGCCGUGCAUGUAA